AUGGUCGGCAGUAAAAUCCGUCUCCAACCCAAACGGAUCCACCAAUCUAAGCAGGAAGGUCGUCCCCACAUUAACACCAGCAAGACGGCAAUCCCAGACCUGUGCGAGCGCUUCACCAAUUCCAUUGAGAAUGCCCUCAAAAACUGCCCUGGUGGCAACACUGAAGAGAGGUGGAGUCACAUCCGUGAUUUCAUCUACAACUCUGCAAUGGACACCUUCGGCAAGAGAGAGAGGCAGAACCCGGAUUGGUUCGAAGCCGGCAUUGCUGAACUAGAGCCAGCAAUUGAGGCCAAGAGAGCUGCCCUCAUUAACCACAAGAGGGAGCCUUCUGUGAAGUCACUCGCUGCACUCAGGAAGGCCAGGAACGACGCCCAACGGAUCGUUCGGCGCUGCGCAAAUGACUACUGGAUCAACCUUUGUGAGAGUAUCCAGCUCUCUGCUGACUGUGGCAAUAUUCGUGGCAUGUAUGAAGGCAUGAAGAAGGCCUUCGGCUCAAGCAUAAACAAGAUCGCGCCCCUGAAAUCAACUGCCAGCGACAUCAUAACAGACCGCAGCAAGCAGAUUGAGAGAUGGGCUGAACACUACCAGGAGCUCUACUCAAGAGAGAACGUGGUCACAGCCGCAGCUGCCGAGAACACCGCCAGCCCCUAUGAACUGAGCAAGGCUAUCGACUCCCUAGCCUGCGGCAAAGCUCCAGGAAAAGAUGGCAUCCCACCUGAAGUCAUCAAGGUGGGAAAGAAGACUGCUCUCCUUCACCAUCUGCACCAGCUGCUGCAGCAGUGCUGGGAAGAAGGAACAGUGCCCCAAGAGAUGCGUGACGCCAACAUCGUCACUCUAUACAAGAACAAGGGCGACCGCAGGGACUGUAACAACUACCGUGGAAUAUCCCUCCUCAGCAUUGUUGGGAAGGCCUUCGCCCGUGUAGUCCUCAACAGACUGCAGUUGCUCACAGAGCGUGUAUACCCCGAGGCCCAGUGUGGGUUUAGAGCGGGAAGAUCAACCAUCGACAUGAUCUUCUCCCUACGACAGCUCCAGGAGAAAUGCCGCGAACAGAGGCGACCGCUUUACAUCGCAUUUAUUGACCUAACCAGGCCUUCGACCUCGUCAGCAGGAACGGCCUUUUCACUCUGCUGCAGAAGAUUGGAUGCCCCCCCAAGCUCCUGA